GCUCAACCCAGCAACACACAGCCCACCAUGGACGAGAAAGAAGAGACCAACGAGCCCCUCGACCUUGUGCGCCUGUGCAUCGAUGAGAUUGUUCUUGUCAAACUACGUGGCGAUCGCGAAUUGAAGGGCAGACUACAUGCAUAUGACUCGCAUUGCAAUCUCGUUCUCGGCGACGUCGAAGAGACAAUAUUUGUGGCGGAGGAAGAGGAAGAUGAUCAGGAACCGCGCGUCAGGACGGUAAAGAAGCAGAGCGAGAUGCUGUUUGUACGAGGUGAUUCAGUUGUCUUGAUCGCACCGGCAGAAGGCGCAUCGCAGUGAGCCCGGCAGUUUAGCCCUCUACGCAUGCGGACUACUCUACUCAGGGAAGGAAAACAACGGCCCACGGACCGGCAAUACGAGCAUAUGCAUUGAGAUACCCGAGCGAUCGUACGGCGAGGCAGAACAUAGUGGCGGACACCGAUUGGUCGAGGUCUGAAACGAGGGCUGGAAGGAAGACUGGUUGAUGCGGCGACGCGGUAUGCGAAUGCUGCAUCUGGAGACAAUGACUCGCUGAGACCGCUCUGCCGGCCUGUUUGGAGACCAGUUGACCUGGCGACCGUCUGGUGCAAGACCUAUCGUCAGCAACAGAUGCGACCGGCCCAAUCCUAGCGAGCCAGAAGACCAAUGCCAAACGAUGAAACGAGACAACCUUGUACACAGCCUCCUGUCAUACUCCAUGCCUCCCAUGCGUCGUUGGUGGUCUCAAAACAUGAUGCAUCCGUUGGCAUGUCAACCGUGAGAGUCACUACCAGUCAAUGGCACCAAAUGCAAAUUUGGG